GAUGUCCUCAUUGUUGAUCGCAUUUUUCUCUUUAAUUUACCAUUCAGGCUGAGCUUACUCCAGAGGACAUUGAGACUAGGAAACGACCCAUGAUAUCUAAGGGUAGCUCCAGAUUGCCGACAACAAAGUUACCUUCUGAGAAAUGUAGAAAGCUAUCUCCUACUGGAAGUAAAGUUCAAAAUGAUCAGGAGAUUAUAUCAGAAUUUGAAUUAGAUAGUAUUAUAGGAAUCACAGAUAGUCCCGAAUUGGAGGAGAUGGAUCCACCUGACACUCUUCGAUGUGAUCUACGCCCUUAUCAAAAACAGGCUCUUCAUUGGAUGAUGCAGCUUGAGAAAGGAAGGUGUAAAGAGGAUGCAAGCAUGACUCUUCACCCCUGUUGGGAUGCAUAUCGCCUUGUGGAUAAGAGAGGGCUUGUUGUUUAUCUAAAUCCAUUUUCAGGGGAUGCCACUACUGAAUUUCCAAAUACUCUUCAGAUUGCAAGAGGCGGGAUUCUGGCAGAUGUGAUGGGACUCGGCAAGACCAUCAUGACUAUAGCUCUUUUGCUUGCUGAAACUGGCAAAGGGUGUUUGUCUACUUCCUCUGCAAGUCAGGUUGCUGACGAAGCUAGCAAAAUCAACGCAUCCGAUCAAUUCGGCAAUGCUUUCAAGAAAUCAACAAGUAUAUCUCGUUUUAGUAAGCUACUGAAACCCAAGACUGCACUUACAGGUGGGGGCAAUUUAAUCGUCUGUCCCAUGACUCUCUUAAGUCAGUGGAAGGAUGAGAUUGAAACACAUGUUUUACCAGGUUCUCUAGGUAUUUACAUUCAUUAUGGGCAAAGCAGGCCAAAAGAUGCAAAACUGCUGGCACAAAGUGAUGUUGUUUUGACAACCUAUGGUGUUUUAGCAUCAGAAUUUUCAGCUGAGAAUGCUGCAGAUAAUGGUGGACUUUACUCAGUUCACUGGUUCAGAGUUGUUCUUGAUGAAGCGCAUACUAUUAAAUCGGCAAAAAGCCAGAUUUCUGUCGCUGCUGCUGCUCUCUCUGCUGAUCGGCGAUGGUGCCUUUCUGGCACACCUAUUCAGAACAACUUGGAGGAUAUAUACAGUCUUCUUCGAUUUUUGAGGAUUGAACCCUGGAGAUACUGGGCGCUGUAAGUAUGGCAGUUUUUAAC